AUGCCAAGAACUUUUCUCAUCGGCGACGACGGCGAUCUGCUGAUUGGGGAGGGCGAGGACCUCGACUUCUACGCCGUCCUCAACUUGCCGAAAGAUGCCACUGAUGAGGAGAUCACGAAGGCCUAUCGUCGACGUUGUCUCGUCUUCCACCCGGAUCGCCACGUCGAUGAGGAUGACAAGAAGACGGCUGAGCGCGUCUUUGUCCAGAUUCGCAGGGCUCAUGAAGUCCUAAACGAUCCGAAGAAACGGGCCAUCUUUGACGCUCUUGGCGUGCAAGGCAUCGAUGCUCAAGGCUGGGAGCUGGUUUCAAGACCGUCUAUCCCUGAAAACAUGAAGAAGGAGUACGAAUUCCGUCAGCGGCUUCGCGAGAAUGAAAUUAUGCUCACCAGGACUCAUCCAUCAAGUUCGUUCAUGCUGAAGACCUCGCUGGUGGGGCUUUUCGUGAAGAACAAGGAGGAGCGCUACAUGCCGCAGUUUGUCGGCCUCGCGCUCACGCAAGGUGUCGACUGUUCGUUGACGGGCAAAGAUCGCGUAGGACUGACAGGGCGUGUGAAGACCGGAAAUGGACGAGGUGAUGGUAGUGCGGCGCUGACUUGGAAAAGGGGUGUCGGGCAGUUUAAUAUGGAGAACAUGAUCUCAAUCUCGGGCGAAUCGAUCGCCGCUCAGUGCCGUCUGGCCCGUUCCGUGUUCCAGAGGGCCGCCAUCAUCGUCCAGUCAUCGUUGCAGUACAUGUACCUUCAGGGCGUGUGCAUGCCCACCCUUCAAUUGAUCGAUUCGAUGCGGCUUCGUCUUCGUUGGCAAGGCUCGAUCAUUCUGGCGCUGACUCCGGUGCAAAGCGCACAAAUCACCACAACGAUUGUGCACACCGAGAACAAACAACCGAAAGCCAUCGCCAACUUCACACUUGCCUCGCUGAACCCAAACGUGCGCCUCGUCUACACCAGUCCGGACGCGAGCCUCGACUGGUUCACCGAAAUGACCGGCACGUUCAGCAUGUUUGGACUGUCUCCUUCGAUCCAGAUGGAGAGGAGACUGUCGCGGUAUUCGCGUUUUGGCAUCGGCCUCAGUUUGACGCUGCCAUCGUGUAUGCUGGUCGCCAAGUUCAAGAUGAAAAGUGGACAUUUCCUCUACGAUUGGCACAUCGUUCUGUGCGAUGACAAGGACGAGGUGGCCCGAUCAGCUCCCUACGGUGUCGUGUUGCCCGUCAUGGGCUUCCAGGCGUUCAAAGCCAUUUUCCGGUCGCACUGGGCGCAUCUGACUUCAGUGUUUGUCGAUCGAACGCAGGAGCGUGAGGUCGACAUGGUCAAGCAGCAGGAGAGCCAGCGGGCAUCAGCCCGAAUGUUCUUCACGAAGAGUGUAUCCGGGUGGCUUACUGCUCGUGCGCAGCAAUACAAUCGGGAGGGCGGCGACAACAACGACGUGGAUAUCAUCGCAGGAACGCCAUGUCUGUGGGCACGCGAAUCCGCGACCUAUCCCCAUGCCAUCCACCUGAAGCUAUCCGAUCCGACGGCCGAUCUGGCGUAUCUCAGGGAUAAAAAAUUGAUCCAGUUGCUUCACCCCUGCCCAUGUAUGCCCCCCGAUUCGACGAACCCACACGGCCAACAGACAGUCUCCGAGUCGAUCUCUGUUGGAGCCGGCUCGCAUGCUAUGCAAAACCUUCCCUGUGGCAUCGACUACAGCGUCGUCCCCGGAUUUGAACCGUUCGACUACAGAUUCGGCCCCCGCCAAGCUAUGAACUGUGAGCCAUUCGGAGGUGCUGAAGGACGCGGAGAAGGCGCCUUUGGAGGAUAUGCUGUAGAUGAUCUGGCCGGCGGCAUCAACUACCCACGUGAACUGGACGGGAAUCCGUCGUGGAACGUUGGAGGCGGCUACGAAAUCAACGAGGGCAACCCACAAGAACCCGGCCCGUCUAAAAAGCCCAAAAAC